AUGACUGUCCCUUCAGUUGUCCCCUUAGCCCAUCUAAAUGGCAAGGUGGAAAAACAUGCCAACGGAACCACCAACGGCAAUGGUAGCCAUGAACCCCUCCACGUUCUCACAGGCAGCGAGGCGUUGCGGCGCAUCCGUGAAGGCAGCCUUACCGUGGAGGCGUAUGCACGAGCUCUGCUCAACCGCAUCCAGGCUCAUGAUGCUGCGGUCAAAGCCUGGGCCUACCUUGACCCAGCGUUUGUUUUGGAGCAGGCCAGAGCCUUGGACAGAGUUCCUGCAAAGGAGAGAGGCCCCUUACAUGGACUCCCCAUUGGAGUGAAGGACGCAAUCUACACUAAGGAUAUGCCGACGGAGCACAACUCUGAGAUUUACAAGGGGAGCUUCCCCCAGGUCGACUCUGCGUCAAUAAUGAUUCUCCGUGACGCUGGCGCUCUCAUUUUUGGUAGGGUUGUUCUGAAAGGCAAGACGGUUACUACCGAGUUUGCUGCCAUCACUAUUGGCCCAAAGACAAUGAAUCCACACUCCCCACACGAGAUUCGAUCCCCCGGAGGCUCUUCGUCCGGCUCUGCUGCUGGCGUUGCCGACGGCCAGAUCCCCGUGGCCCUUGCUACGCAGACGGGGGGCUCGACGAUCCGUCCAGCGAGUUACAAUGGCAUAUACUGUAUCAAGCCUACCUGGAAUGCCGUUUCUCGCGAGGGCCAGAAACUGUAUUCUCUGUUACUUGACACUCUGGGAUGGUACGGCCGCAGCGUCUCAGACCUGGUUCUUCUCGCCGACAUCUUUAGCCUUGAGGAUGAUGAGCCAAGCACCUUCAACGGUAUCCGGGGAGCCAAGUUCGCCCUAUGCAAGACAAACAACUGGCACAAGGCCAGCGAAGCCACACGUCAGGCUCUUGCCAGGGCAGCGGCUUUGUUGAAGGCUCACGGCGCUAUUGUUGAGGAUUUGGACUUGCCACCGUCUUUCGAGCCAUUGACAGAUUGGUAUUUGACGGUUCUGGAGACAGACGGUGCUACCACGUUCCUCCCAGAGCACCGGGUGGCAAGGAGCAAGCUUCAUGAGUCAUUGGCCGUAUUUAUUGACAAGCCGGCAUACACCAGGAAGCAAACACUGGCGGCGCAAGACGGGAUUGCUGCUUUGCGGCCCGAGUUUGAUGCCAUUGCGUCGCAAUAUGACGCAGUGCUCACGCCAAGUGCCGUCGACGAAGCUCCUUAUGGCCUCGAAUAUACUGGAGACGCCGUCUUUUGCGCUGACUGGACGGCUCUCCAUGUUCCAGUAGUCAACAUCCCCGGUUUCCAGGGUCCUUCGGGCAUGCCGGUUGGAGUUUCACUUGUGGCCCCGCGGUUUCGCGAUCGCCACCUUCUCAGGGUAGCCGAAGAUGUUGGUAAGAUCUUUGAAUCCGAGGGUGGUUGGAAAUCCAACAUCUUGUAA